GCCAACUGUACCAGGCAUCUGUCACGGGCAACACUUUACUCGCUUUUUGUUAAAAGCUCGCUCUGACGAUGCCUUCUUUUACUGAUUGGCCUGAUGAUGAUCAAGAGCUAAUUAGCGACAUUCUAGCUCAAAAACCAGAACCUGAAGAUCACUUGGGUUCUACCGUAAUUGUUGACGGAUGUCCAGUUGUUGGUCCUGCUAAAUACGACUUGUUGAAGAAGUUUAUUCUGGAUAAAUUUUCCAAGAUCGGACCGAUUACGGAUUCUUAUUUUCCUCAGGAUGAUGACCAACAGACCAAAGGGUACAUGUUCAUCACGUAUGAUAAUGCAAAGUCGGCUUCACAGGCCGUUCGCACAAUGAACAACACUCCUUUGGAUAAAAACCACUCAUUCCUAGUGAAUUUGCUUGGGGAUUACGAGCGGUUGUGCAACGUUUCCACUGAAUGGAAGCCCCCGCCGAGACAGCCGUACAAGGAUUUUGGUAACUUGAAAAGUUGGUUGCUGAAUGAACUUUGUCGUGAUCAGUUUGUCGUGGUGCACAAUGACGGUGAAAUUGGCGCUGUUUACUGGCACAGUGCUGUAGAACCGUCGUUAGUGGAGAAGCGAGAACGUUGGACGGAUGGCUGGAUGCGGUGGUCGCCUCGAGGGACUUACUUGGCCACAAUGCACCAGCAAGGUGUCAUCUUGUGGGGUGGCGAAGAGUUCCAAAGGGUGGGCCGUUUUCCUCAUCGUAUUGUAAAAAUGAUCGACUUCUCGCCAAUGGAGCAGUUCAUGAUAUCCAUGAGCCCAAGUGCAUCAGGAGCCACUGAUGAACCUGAUAGGCCGGUUGCUGAUGUAAUAUUUUGGGACGUUCGUCGUUGCCUGAGCCGACGGGAGUUCACAGUCCCAGUGGACUCUCAUCCACUCUUCAAAUGGUCCUACAACGACGCCUACUUUGCAUGUUUGCGCGAUGGUUUCGUCAUCAUCUACGAGACCAACACAUUUCGACUGUUAGACAAGAAAAGAAUCGGAGGGAACAUUCGAGAUUUUUCAUGGUCGCCCUCGGAAAACAUACUCGCCUACUGGGUCCCCGAAUCAGACAAUACUCCAGCCAGAGUUGUCUUAAUGGAGAUUCCAAGCCGAGAGGAGCUUUGCACCAAAAACCUAUUCUCCGUGGCUGAAAUCAGUUUGAAUUGGCAUGAGCAAGGUGACUAUUUGGCUGUUCAGGUCAUGCGAUGUGCCAAAAAGAAGGUCGAUACCGACAAGCAAGUAAAAUAUGUGGGCACUUACAUGAAUUUGGAAAUCGUCCGCAUGAGAGAGAAACUCUAUCCAGUCGAUCAACUCGGAAUUAAGGCUUCUAUUUCAUCUCUACAUUGGGAGCCCCAUGGAACGCGAUUGGCAUUCCUCCAGAAUAUCGCAAGCGGCAAAUUUUCUGUCUGUAUAUACGACGUGCCCAAAGGAAGCAGCAUCCGUGAGGUUGCUUCCUUGGAAAUCCCCUCCACCAGAAUUAAUGAUCUUCGCUGGUCUCCGAAAGGCAAUCUUUUAGUUGUGGCCGGAUUGAAAAGUGCCGACAGCUACCUUGAGUUCAUUUCGGCUAAUGAGGGCAUUUCCUUGGCCAAAGGCGAUCAUCCAAUGGUGAGUGAACUGCACUGGGAUCCCACCGGUCGAUAUCUUGCCUCUGUCGUGAGCAGCUUUUAUCAGAAAAACGACAACGGAGUGUGGUUUUGGAGCUGUGUUGGCCGUUGCCUUUACAAAAUGCCCAUGAAUGGCCUGCGAACGUUCGCAUGGAGACCUCGUCCUCCAACUUUGCUGUCCGCGGAACAGUUGCAGGUUUUGAAGAAAAAUAUGAACAAGUAUAACGCUCAUUUCGCCAACGAAGACCGAAUGCUCGCUUCAAAGGCAAGUCGCGAAUUGUUGGAGAAGCGACAGCGCAUGCUGUCCGAAUUCAACUUAUGGAAGGAUGUGAUUAUCAAGCAGUACAAUGCGGAAAAAUCUUUGCGUGUUGAUUUGAGGGGUGAGGACACGGACGAUAUGACGGAUAACGAGGAGAUGGAGGAGGAGUUGGAGUUUCUGGUCAGCACAGUCAAAGAAGUAAUUAGAAAAAACACAGAAGAGUAACCGACACGUCAGUUUCCGUACUUUUCUCCUUCCCACCUCAAUCCCACUGAAGUGCUUACCUCUCUCAUGCAACGGUUGCUUCCUGUCCAUUUGCCGUGUUUCAUGUGGCUCUCAAUGAAAGAUUGUAAAUUGGAA